GUACAAGGAUGUGGAAUUUGCCAUAAAUAAGUUCAAUUUAAAUGUGUUUGGUAGCACCUUUUUCAAGUCUUCUUAUAAAAUACGAAGCGUUGUGAAAUGUUUCAUUUACAUGAAGCCUUUUCCAGCAGAUAAUUCAGACUGUUGGUGGUUUUGUUGAUGGAGGAGGAGCAGCGUCCAGACGCUCCACCUGGAGCUGAAGGAGGACAGUUUCUGCAGGAUGAGGUGAAAAGGGAGACCCUGACGGAUGAGGAGGUGAAAAGGGAGACCCUGACAUAUGAGGAGGCUACAUUCGCAGAGGAGGAAGAUGAAGAUGCUCUCCCACAUUCAGAGAUUCUGGAUAUUUUCGAGGAGGGACUCGCUCGACUUGUGCAGGACCCUUUACUGUGUGACCUGCCAAUCCAGGUGACACUGGAAGAGGUGAAUUCUCAGAUUGCUUUGGAGUAUGGUCAAGCCAUGACCGUGAAUGUUGUAAAGGCAAACAGUGAAAUAAUGCCCAUAGUUGUGGUUCAGAAUGCAACAGUCCUUGACCUGAAGAAGGCCAUUUGUAGAUUUAUGGAGCUAAAACAGCAACGAGAAGGUGGAAUAAAACAUAUCAGCUGGAAAUACAUUUGGAGAACUUACCAUUUAAUAUUUCAGGGUGAGAAGCUUGAAGACGACACAAUGAGGCUUAAAAAUUACGGGAUCAGAAACCGAGAUGAGGUGACGUUCAUGAAAAAACUGAGGAAAAAGUGACGUCACCUCCUCACAUAAGAGGAAAAAAACGCAUCUUCCUGCAGAAUCGAACAGUGCUGUCAAGUUUCUAGAUUAGACAAUGACUUUACACUAAUAAACCCUGUUUUUAUUA